AUGCGUCUAUUCAUCUACCUAUCGUUGCUCAUCGCAUGCCAGCAGUGGCACCUGCUGCAAGCGGCGGUGACGGACGAGAUUCACAAAUGGACUCUGCGCGACACCGAGGACGAGCAAGAGUACUCUUCAGGAGACGCUAGCGAUAGCGCGCACUCAUGGCUCCAAUAUACGCGAGACGGUAGUGUCGUCCAACCAGCCACGGUCGAGGAUGUGGAUGGCCUGGAGCAGUACCUGCACACUCGCCCAGACAUCUUCACAGCCGGACCCAACUCCCGACUCGAAUCGUACGUCGGCGAGCAGAUGGAGGACGGCCCGAACAAGAUCGACGCGGAAACGAGGGUCAACCGGAGGCCAACUGCAAUAAGACAAGAAGCGUCCCUCCCGAUGGCAGGCACCGUCUUGGGCGAGGUCGAGAGUACGAACUUUUAUCCCGAGUACGCAGUCGGUAUUCUGGAGAACGGCUGCACUGCGUUCCUAAUCGGGCCCUGUCACGCUCUAACGACCGCUAACUGCGUCUACAACUCCACCGCUGGAGAAUUCGUAGACGACUUGGAUAUGUGGCGAGGGAGGAAGGCAGAUGUGUACCUGGACCACAUGGUUUGGACCAGCGUCAUUAUCCCGCGGAGCUACAGUCUCUCUCCCUCGAAUGAGAGCGACUGGGCCCUCAUCAUCUUCAACCGCCACUCUAUCUCCACCGUCUGGCUCAAAAUGGGCUUCUCAGAGAACAUCUACAACAUCCCCUACACCAUCUACGGCUAUCUCGGCAGUAAACCCUACGGAACCAUGUAUUCCACUGUAUGUCGCAGCCGAACAGAGGAACCAGAGAGCGAGAAUAUCCUCAACAUACAGUGUGGUAGCGACGAGUGUUUCGAAGGUGGUCCUCUACUGCGGGGGUUCAAUUUCAAGCGUAGUAAGAUGCCAGUGGUGUACGGUGUCUCGAGGAGCAGCUGUGAGUCAUACAACUUUAGUCACAACAGCAUCGUGUUUCAGCCAGACCUGUUUUGGUCUCUCUGUUACUUCAUGUCUGAGAAUGGCUUUGAUGCUAGAUGUGCCAUAAGUUCUACUUAG